GCCGGCGUCGGGCCGGGGAUGGGGCGGAGUCGGCCCGGCUGGCCGUGGGUGGCCCUGCCCGGUGCCGCGCUCGCUCGGCGGGGAGACUGAUCGUAGGCGCGGGGUCUCGGCCCUGGAGGGUCCAGGGUUGGCAGCGACGGCUUUGAGCCCCGGGUCUCCUCGAGGAAUUGAGAGCCGAGUCUCCCUGGAGAGAUGAGCUGCACGAUUGAGAAGGCACUUGCUGAUGCGAAAGCUCUUGUGGAAAGGCUGAGAGACCACGAUGAUGCAGCAGAGUCGCUCAUUGAGCAGACCACGGCCCUCAACAAGCGAGUGGAAGCCAUGAAGCAGUAUCAGGAAGAAAUUCAAGAACUUAAUGAAGUUGCAAGACAUCGGCCCCGCUCCACAUUAGUCAUGGGAAUCCAGCAGGAAAACAGACAGAUCAGAGAACUGCAACAAGAGAACAAAGAAUUGCGUACAUCUCUGGAAGAACAUCAGUCUGCCUUGGAACUUAUCAUGAGCAAGUAUCGAGAACAAAUGUUUAGGUUGCUAAUGGCUAGCAAAAAAGAUGACCCAGGAAUAAUAACGAAGUUAAAAGAACAGCACUCCAAGGAGCUGCAAGCACAUGUGGACCAGAUAACUGAAAUGGCCGCAGUGAUGAGGAAAGCUAUUGAGAUUGACGGGCAACAGGGCUGCAAAGAACAGGAACGGAUACUUCAACUUGAACAAGAAAACAAAGGCCUCAGAGAGAUCCUUCAAAUAACUCGAGAAUCCUUUUUGAACCUGAGGAAAGACGACGUGACAGAAAGUACAACACUGUCAGCAUUGGUGACCAGCAGUGACCUGAGUCUGAGGAAGAGCUGAAAUGUCCCCAAUUGCCAGGACCUAGCCAUGCACCCGUGAGCCACUGAGCAGUCCCUUUGUCUGUCUACAACAUGUUCAGAACAUAGGCUUAGAGACAGCAACCAAGAAAUAGUCGUGACUCCAUGCAGAACCCAACUGAGGAGUCAGGACUGACGUGUGACCCGCAAGGGAGCAGCUUCCCCACCUGCUGAGCGGAUCAGGACCUUUCCGCACUGCUUGGUGGGUGCACUUCAAUAAACCUGACUAUUCCCCAUGAGUGGGAAUCCACAGAACUCUCGCCAUGGAAAAUAGACAUAUUUCUUCUGUAGUUCUAGGAGAUUCUCUUCCUAAAGUUUACUUUCCUGUUUGGUGUCAAAAGUUAAACAACAUAUCAACCAUGAGACUUCAGCUUUAAUUAUUUUGUUUCCCCAUUUUUUUUCCCAAAACCCAAUUUUAAAGGAUGUAGGAAUGUUUCACAUGGACGUUAAGAGGCGAUUUAAUUUAUCCUGAUACUCACCUAACUAUUGUCCCUAAUUUACUUAAGUGUCUGAAAUAUCAUUUCAGGAAUGAAAAAGAAGAAAUACUACUUUCUAAGAAAGCAGAUCAUGUGAUAAACAUCUAGUAGGUUAAACUACUUGUUGCAAAGAGUAAGGUUUGGUUCGAAGCCUAACGCGGAUCAGACUUUUCCCUGGUUGAUCUGAGGCUAUCACAGAAUCCAUUUAGCCAACAACUAUAUGAUGAGCAGACAAGCACAGUAAUUUCAGUUAGUUGAAAAUUCCUCUGGCUCAUAGCACCUUUUUUCAAAAGUAAUUAAUCUGGAGAUACAGAAAGUCAAAAUUCUGGAUCAAUUUUUAAGCUCCACCUGAUCUUAGGACCUGUUAAGAGUUUUCUUAAAACAUUUCAGUUGAAAGAGGAGGAAAUGUGGAUGCACAAAUGCUUUCUGUUUUUGUUUUUGUUUUGUUUUUUACAUGGCAAAUAAAAAGUACAUUAACUUUUUAAAAAACUACCAGAUAUACAAAUCAAUUUCAACAUCAACUGAGACCUAAAUUUUUCUUGCUCUGUGGUGAUUAUAGAAUGUCAAAUAUGAUUAAACAUUCGUUUAUAUAAAUAUUAAAAGUAGCACAAAUAAAAACUCCUACUUUUGAGUAUAAACAUAUUAAACAAUUAUUACUCCCAUGGUAGCUUUCAUGUACAGCUUCAUGUUACUGGUAAAAUGCAAAGUUACUUUUUGCUUCAGACUUUUUCUGUCUUAAGGUUGGGUGCCUGGGGCUAUUGGAUUAGAAAAGGGCUAAUGGCCCAAGCAAACAUUAAAUGGUUUUCUUUUGUCAUUCAGAGGCCUUAACUGAUGUUUUAUAAGUAAAUGAUGCUUCUUAUUUUUAAGCAUUUCUAUUGGUUUUGGGUAAGUGUCCUUGUUUUAAUGUCACAUUCAUCAAUAUAGUUUUUAAUCCCAGGUGAGAACUGAAGAAAAUAAGCUACACAGUUGGGAGUCUGAGGCAGCUCAGUUAACAAAGUUACUUGCUAAAUAAUUAUUUUUGUAAACAAGUUAGUUAAUUUAUUCUUGGUUUUCUUGCUUGGAUUCCUUCAUGGUCUUGAUGAUAAGACAUUUACUUUGUUUUCAGUGACAGUUUUUCAUCCGUAUUUUUUUUAAAAAAACAACCUUACAUUACUGUCUAAAGAGUACAUACUGUGCAGGAGCCUA